CCAAUUCGUAAACAAACAUUGAAGAGGUGGCGAGCACGAGCAAGCAAAGAACGAGCAAAUUUACUAUUGGAAAAAUUAGCUAAUCCAUAUUCAUUUUAUUUUAUUACCAAGUAUUUGUGCCCUUUAGGAGCCAAGGAUACCAUGACGACCUCAUUAAGUGCUAACCCAUCGACUCUUUUACCUCUGGAAUUGGUUGAUAAAUGCAUUGGUUCCAGAAUACACAUUGUGAUGAAAAAUGAUAAAGAAAUUGUCGGAACGCUCUUAGGUUUUGAUGAUUUUGUCAACAUGUUGUUGGAAGAUGUCACCGAGUACGAGGCUACACCAGAAGGAAGGAGGAUAACUAAACUUGAUCAAAUUUUCCUUAAUGGCAACAACAUCACAAUGCUUGUUCCUGGCGGUGACAUUCCUGAAUAACUGUCAGCAUCUCCAACAUUUUCUAAUGGUGGACACAGCAUCCUCAUGCAGUUACAUGGCUUUUGUACAGUAAAUAACUAGGAGAUAAGUACUGUAAGAUGAAAAACUGUAAAUUAAGUUACCCAAUUUUUUUAUUUUUAAAUAAAAUUUUAUGAACAAAUUA